UUGACGUCAUCGUUUCAGUAAAUCAAGGCAGUCGAGCAUAAUCUCAAUUUAACUACCGGCUCCCAGCAUCCAUCCUUCAUAGAAAACAAAAUACCGUCACAUUUAACGCGGAGAAAGCAGCGCUGUGUGUGACGAUGACUGUAUAUAGGGUUAAGAAGUGUUUAUUUGUCUGUUUACUCUGAUCGUCGUCGCCUGACGUUGGUAGACGUCAAUACGGUUUUCUCAUCUGCCUUGUUUUUCUGGAGUGAUUUCGAUUGGAUUAUCAAGGACUCAGUUCAGCAUUGCAUUGUGACACCGCACAGGGUUGAAGUGUCCAACCAUGUCGGGGGCAUCGGUGAAAGUGGCGGUCAGGGUGCGUCCCUUUAACUCGAGGGAGACCAGCAAAGAAUCCAAAUGCAUUAUUCAGAUGCAAGGCAACUCUACCACUAUACUGAAUCCCAAAAACCCAAAAGAAACACCAAAGUCCUUCAGCUUUGACUACUCGUACUGGUCUCACACCACGCCGGAAGACCCCUGCUUCGCAUCCCAGAGCCAGGUAUACAAUGACAUCGGGGAGGAGAUGCUGCAACACGCCUUCGAAGGCUAUAACGUCUGCAUCUUUGCUUACGGCCAGACCGGUGCUGGCAAAUCUUACACGAUGAUGGGAAAGCAAGAGGAAGGACAGGAAGGCAUCAUCCCUCAGCUCUGCAAAGAACUCUUUGAGAAAAUCAAUGACAACAACAAUGAGGAUAUCUCUUAUUCAGUGGAGGUGGCAUACAUGGAAAUUUACUGUGAGCGAGUGAGAGACCUGCUGAACCCCAAGAACAAAGGGAACCUACGUGUAAGGGAGCAUCCUCUGCUCGGACCGUAUGUCGAAGACCUGUCCAAAUUGGCUGUGACCUGUUAUACGGACAUCGCCGACCUCAUGGACGCCGGUAACAAGGCCAGGACUGUUGCUGCCACCAACAUGAACGAGACCAGCAGCCGCUCGCAUGCCGUAUUCACCAUCGUCUUCACGCAAAGGAAGCAUGACAACGAGACGGAUCUGUCCACAGAAAAGGUCAGCAAAAUCAGCCUGGUGGAUCUGGCAGGCAGCGAGCGCGCUGACUCAACUGGGGCCAAAGGCACACGUCUGAAGGAAGGUGCAAACAUCAACAAAUCUCUGACUACCCUUGGAAAGGUCAUCUCUGCUCUAGCUGAGGUGGAUAACUGUACCAGCAAGAGCAAGAAGAAAAAGAAGUCAGACUUCAUUCCUUACCGAGACUCUGUUCUCACAUGGCUCCUGAGAGAAAAUUUGGGUGGGAACUCGAGGACGGCUAUGGUGGCUGCGCUGAGCCCUGCUGACAUUAACUAUGAUGAAACCCUGAGCACCUUGAGAUACGCCGACCGAGCCAAGCAGAUAAAGUGCAAUGCCGUGAUCAACGAAGACCCCAACGCCAAGCUGGUGCGUGAGCUGAAGGAUGAAGUCACUCGCUUGAGGGACCUGCUCAGGGCCCAAGGUCUCGGGGACAUCCUGGACAGGACUUUAGGCAUCGACGGCUGCGGGGACGGCUACGACCUGAAAGAUAUUCACAACAGUCAGCAUAGAUACUUGCUUGCUUCAGAGAACCAACGGCCUGGCCAUCUCUCCACAGCGCCUAUGGGUUCCCUCACAGUCUCGCCGUCGUCCGGCUCUCUGUGCAGCCCAACAGGCCUGCAGUCUGUCUGCAGCAUCCAGGAGCGCAUCAUGUCCACCCCCGGAGGAGAGGAGGCCAUCGAGAGGCUUAAGGAGUCCGAGAAGAUCAUAGCGGAGCUGAAUGAGACGUGGGAGGAGAAGCUGAGGAAGACUGAGGCUAUCCGGAUGGAGAGGGAAGCUUUGUUGGCAGAGAUGGGUGUUGCGAUCCGGGAGGACGGGGGAACUUUGGGGGUCUUCUCUCCUAAAAAGACCCCUCACCUGGUUAACCUGAACGAGGAUCCUCUCAUGUCAGAAUGCCUGCUGUACUACAUCAAAGACGGAGUUACGAGGGUGGGCCAGGCCGAUGCUGAGAGAAGGCAGGAUAUCGUUCUGAGCGGAGCGCAUAUCCGAGAGGAGCACUGCAUCUUUCGCAGCGAGCGGAAUGCCAACGGAAAUGUGAUUGUAUUGCUGGUGCCCUGUGAAGGCUCCGAGACGUAUGUGAAUGGCAAGUGUGUGAUUGACGCUGUGCAACUGCGCUCAGGUAACCGUAUCAUCAUGGGGAAGAACCAUGUGUUCCGCUUUAACCACCCUGAGCAGGCACGAGCUGAGAGGGAGAAGACACCGACAGCCGAGACGCCCGUGGAGCCUGUGGACUGGACUUUUGCCCAGAGAGAACUUCUGGAGAAGCAGGGCAUUGACAUGAAGCAGGAGAUGGAGAAGAGGCUUACCGAGAUGGAGAUCCUUUAUAAAAAGGAGAAAGAGGAGGCUGAUCAGCUUCUUGAGCAACAGAGACUGGUCUACGAGAGCAAGCUACAAGAACUACAAAAACAGGUGGAGCAAAUAGCAGAAACUCCCGAUGAGGAGGAGGAGGAAGAGGAAGAAGAGGAAGUACCGUGGACACAGCACGAGUUUGAACUCGCUCAGUGGGCCUUUAGAAAGUGGAGAUACCACCAGUUCACCUCACUAAGAGACCAGCUGUGGGGCAAUGCAGUAUACCUGAAGGAAGCGAAUGCCAUCAGUGUAGAACUCAAAAAGAAGGUCCAAUUCCAGUUUGUGCUUCUGACAGACACACUGUACUCCCCACUUCCGCCUGAGCUUUUGCCUCCUGAGCCAGAGAAGGAGCGUGACUCCAGGCCUUUCCCUCGUACCGUGGUGGCUGUUGAGGUCCAGGACUUGAAGAAUGGAGCCACUCACUAUUGGUCUCUGGAGAAGCUCAAGCAAAGGCUAGAGCAGAUGCGAGAGAUGUAUGACCGUGCAGGAGAAAUGACAUCCUCCAGUCAGGAGGAUGGGGAGGGUCCUCUGACCGGCAGUGACCCAUUCUACGAUCGCUUUCACUGGUUCAAGCUAGUAGGAAGCUCACCGAUCUUCCAUGGCUGCGUGAACGAGCACCUGGCUGACCGCACGCCCUCGCCCACCUUCUCCACGGCCGACUCGGACAUCACCGAGCUGGCUGAUGAGAGGCAGAGCGAGAUGGAUGAUUUCAUGGAUGACGAAGCCUUCGUGGACGACACCAGCUCUGACGCGGGCACCGAGGAAGGCUCGGAUAUCUUCAGCGACGGCCAAGACCCCUUCUAUGACCGCUCACCUUGGUUCACACUCGUGGGAAGAGCAUUUGUGUACCUGAGUAACCUGCUGUACUCCGUGCCCCUGGUGCACCGCGUGGCUGUAGUGACGGAGAAAGGCGAGGUGCGAGGGUUCCUGCGUGUGGGUGUGCAGGCCAUCGCAGCUGAUGAGGAGGCUCCUGAUUACGGUUCUGGUGUCCGUCAGUCUGGCACAGCUAAAAUCUCUUUUGAUGACGAGUAUUUCAAAAAGACUGAGUUCUCUUCCAUGGUUCUGACCCAUUCUGGUCUUUCUAUGGAGGAGUUGCGUAUUGUGGAAGGACAAGGACAAAGUACAGAAGUCAUCACCCCCUCUGAAGAGAUGAACAGGAUCAAUGACAUGGAUCUGAAGCUGGGGAACAUAGAUGGUAAGCUAGGCCAGUCAGACGGUGUGAUUGGUCAGCUGGAUGUGGGCAGCAUCUUUACUUUCCGCGUCACUGUUCUGCAGGCCACUGGCAUCCCCCCAGAGUACGCCGACAUCUUCUGCCAGUUCAACUUCCUCCAUCGUCAUGAUGAAGCUUUCAGUACCGAACCACUGAAGAACACAGGAAAAGGCUCCCCACUGGGCUUUUACCACGUCCAGAAUAUUUCUGUGGAGGUCACAGAAUCCUUUAUCGAGUACAUCAAGAGCAAGCCCAUCGUGUUUGAAGUGUUCGGACAUUACCAACAGCACCCUCUGCACCGUCAUGGCCAGGAUGUAAUCAGCCCUCCACAGCCUUCUAGGAAGUACUACCCUCCACCCAUGCCUCUCUCUAAACCUGUUCCAGCCACCAAGCUGAACACCAUCAGCAAGUCCAACCUGGGCCAGUGUGUGAGCAAGUAUGAUCUGCUAGCCUGGUUUGAGAUCAGUGAACUGGAACCAACCGGAGAGUAUAUCCCGGCUGUUGUGGACCACACUGGAGGUCUGCCCUGCCAUGGCACUUACUUACUGCACCAGGGUAUCCAGCGCAGGAUCACAGUGACUCUCAUCCAUGAGAAGGGCAGUGAGCUCCACUGGAAGGACGUCCGGGAGCUGGUGGUCGGUUGGAUCAGGAACAAGCCGGAGGUGGAUGACACUGCAGCAGAUGCUGUUCUCUCUCUUAACAUUAUCUCAGCCAAAAACAUGAAGUCCUCCCAUAACUCCAACAGGACGUUUUACCGUUUUGAGGCUGUAUGGGAUAGCUCGCUGCACAACUCUCUCCUGCUCAACCGUGUCACUCCCUGCGGAGAAAAGAUCUAUAUGACACUGUCUGCAUACCUGGAGCUUGACCACUGCAUCCAGCCUGCUAUCAUCACCAAAGAUAUCUGCAUGGUGUUCUACUCCAGAGAUGCUAAGAUCUCUCCUCCACGCUCGCUGAGGAGCCUGUUUGGCAGCGGUUAUUCUAAGAGUCCUGACUGUAACAGAGUGACAGGGAUCUAUGAGCUCAGCCUGUGCAAGAUGGCUGACACAGGAAGCCCAGGCAUGCAGAGGCGAAGACGGAAAGUUCUGGACACUUCAGUGGCGUAUGUGCGUGGAGAGGAGAACCUGGCUGGGUGGCGGCCCAGAGGAGACAGUCUGAUCCUGGAGCACCAGUGGGAACUUGAGAAACUCGAACAGUUGCAUGAGGUGGAAAAGACACGUCAUCUCCUGCUCCUGCGGGAGAAACUGGUAGAAUCGGUUCCUCAAAAGUCUCUUGGCGAUUGUCUCUCUCCAAGCUUGAGCAGCGGCACCUUGAGCACCUCGACCAGCAUCUCCUCACAGAUCUCCUCCACCACCGUCGAGAGCGCUAUCACGCCCAGCGAGAGCAGUGGAUACGAUUCGACUGACAUUGAGAGCCUAGUAGACCGUGAAAAGGAGUUGGCCACCAAGUGCCUCCGCCUUUUGACUCACACAUUUAACAGUGAAUAUAAUCAGAUGUGCAACAGUAUCAGCGCCUGCCAGCUGUCUGAUAUCUCACCCAUGGGCCGAGAUCCGUCAGUCACUAGUCUCAGCAGUGCCACCCUUACCCCGUCCUCUACCUGCCCCUCCCUGGCAGAGUCUCGCUGUUCAGACCAGAAGACUCCUGAGCCCAACUCCCGUGCAACCAGCCCGUCAUACUCUGACUAUGAGAACUUCCCCAUGGUGCCCAGCGUGGAGACGUCAUACCUGGCUCGCGCUGGCAAACACGAGUUCCUCAACCUGGUGCCCGAUAUUGAGGAGAUGAGGCCUGGCUCUGUGGUGUCUAAGAAGGGAUACCUGAGCUUCAUGGAGCCGCGCUCGAACUCCUGGGUGAAGCACUUUGUGGUAGUACGCCGCCCGUACGUCUUCAUCUACAACAGUGACAAGGACCCGGUGGAGCGAGGUGUCCUGAACCUGUCCACUGCGCAGGUGGAGUACAGCGAGGAUCAGCAGGCCAUGCUCAAGACUCCCAACACGUUUGCCGUGUGCACUAAGCACAGAGGGAUUCUGCUCCAGGCCAACCAUGAUAAAGACAUGAACGACUGGCUGUAUGCUUUUAACCCGCUGCUAGCAGGAACAAUAAGGUCCAAACUGGCGAGAAGACGCUCUGCUUUGCUGAAGGACUAAACAAGCUUCUCUGUUUGAAGAGAUCGUGCUCUGUUUCUUCUCCCUAGCCUUCGAGUGUUAAAACUUUGUGAUUCUUGAUGGUUUUCUCUUGUAUGUAGACCUGUGGCUUAAAUCUCCACUCCAGCAAGUGAACUCUUGAGUUUCUGAACAACCCCCCACCCCACCCCACCCCUCGCUAUUUUGUUUGUUUGGAUCCUUUUCGUCUAUUAAGUUUACGUUCUCUGCCAUAGCAGAACCUUCUUCUAGUAGCAUGUCGUAAUAGUCUGUUUGUGUGUGCACGAUUCUUCCGAGCAGUUCCUCUUCUCUAUUUGAGUUAUUCUUAGUCUGUAACGAUUGUCUUUACCAGUGUUAUCUGUUGAGUCAGGUCCGUUUUCUCCCGCAUGGCCACAGCAGCAGUCCUCAGGAUAUGAGCAGUUUGCUUACAAAGCCUCACAGAGUACCACUGAACAUAGCUGAAAUACACUAUAUCACUUAUCUGAAAAAGAAAUACUUCUGUCAUAGAAAAUAAUAGCUCGGUAGUCUUUACACUAGUGAGUAGAUGUCCCAACACUGGAAGAAAUGGAGACCUAUAAGGGCAUGAAUUUUAAGUGUAUGACUAAAUCUGGGACCAAUCAGCAUUUACUAAGAGUAUUACUAUGGAUCUGGAUGAAGACUGCAGACUUCAGGUUUAGUUUCUGUGGUCCAUCAAGCAGUGCUGCAGCACAUUUGCUUAGCAUUAUUUUAAUCGUGUGUAAUAAAGGGAUAACACACACCCAUUUAUAAAGGAGCAUUACUACUUACCACUGGAGAAUGGAUGGACGGAUUAAAGAGAACACUAUUUCCUUGACGUUUAUGCAGUUCAUCUGCUCAGAAUUUACUUCCGAAAAUCAACUAUUUAAAAUAAGUCACAGAACAGAACAGACUGAUACGACGAGACAAAUGAGAUGAAUGUCAGUUGUAAAUACUUUUAAGGAUUCCUGCGCUUUCACACUAGUCAUUUUGAAACAAGAGACAUUCCUUUCACGCUGUCGUCCACACGAUCUUUUAUUUAUAACGAGAUCGCAGCAGUUAUUUUAGCCAGGCGGAUUUGAUGUCCGCAGGAGUGUGGUACUGAUAUUGGAGCUUAGUUAAAUAAUGAUACAAUGGUGGUAAAGUAGACUCUUUGCUCUCCACCAGAAAAUAGCUCCUGAUCAUGUUGACCUUGAACCUAUGAAUUUAACCUUGAUAACUAAUUCCUGUACUUAUCUUAACUUAUUUUUCUCUAAUGCUGCUUGUUUUCUAUAUCAUUAACCUAAAUCUGAAUAGACUAAAGCAGGUUGUUGUAAGAAGGGCUUUUUUUUUUCCCUCCCUUCUUCUUUCUCUUCAAAUUUUUUUUUUUUGUUUUUUUUUUUUUUUGUUUUUUUUUUUUUGUUUUUCCCCCUUCCCCAGUUUUCCAACUGAUAGUUUUUUGCACAUAGACACAAACACAAGCGGAUCACUGAAGUAGAUUUCGGUCCCACUGUUUGAAGGAUUAAAUAUUUUGCAGUGUACCACAUAGAAAAUGGAUAGAAUUUGCUCUGUUUAUGUUUGAUGCAGUUAGUGUUAGAGAGACAUAACUGAUUAGGCUUUCAUGCUUUGCCUUGCAUUAAUGGAUGGUUUUGGCAAGGAGAUAUACGUGACUUUGCGCACAGAUAGCCUCUGGCCAGCCAACCAGCCGGUUAUUGUGCUUCAUGUAAUCUCUGAAGCUAAUGCAGACAUUUAGCAUAGUCAAAUUCUGCCUUUCCAAUGAUGCAAAGUCUAUUGAUGACUCUGAUGAUUCUUUUAGCCGUAAGGUCAUGUGAAAGCAAAAUGGCCAAGAUCAUGAUCCUGUUCUGAGGUCAGCCAACCUGAGAAACAGAAAUGUGAUGAGAAAAGACAUCUGCUUAAAAUGUUAUUAGACCUAUGUAUAUUUCAAUUAAAAUUUUAAGGGGAAAUGGUUUUGUCAUGCCAUCAUUUCAUCAGAAUUUCAGUGUUGAAGGACAAUGUGGUGUAAUCAGUUGCAAGAGCAUAUGAGCAAUUUGCACAAAUCUUGACAGAGCAAAGAGGUUUCCUUUUGAGAGACUGUAUAGACCUAGACAGGCAUCAUCUGUUUUCUGUUUUUGCAGUGUAUAUAUUAAUUUGCAGUUCUUUGCACAUUUAAGAGGUGAUAAAUAACAGAUCAAAUAAAGCCUGAAGUGGAUUUCUGGUGUUUACUCAAAUGAAUAAAAUAGGAUAAGAUCGGAUCGAAUUAUGUGGUGUGUUACAGUUGGGAGUGGAUUUUGAAUGUACCUCUGGGGUGGCACUGACAAAUAUUUACUAACUGCAUUGGUGUAAGGACAAAAGGGAAAACAUUUAUUUAUUUUUUAUUUUUUUUUUAUUUUUUGGAAACUGCCAGCUUGAUUCACUGUAGUGCUUCUUGUUGCUUUCAUUUGGUUGGGCCACUCCUACAAACCCAAUUUGAGUUCAGUUGUGUACUUCAGAGUUAUGAUGAUGCGGGGAGGGAUACUGUUUAGAUUUAUUUUCUAAAUAUCAGGGACUAUAUUUUUAGAGGUAUUCCAGAAUUAAUCACUACUCAUGCAUAUACUAUUUAAUGUUUGUUUUUCGUAUUGCAUUUUCCCAUGCUGCCUUCAGAACCACUCUGGUAUACACUCCCUCUCAGAAGCCUCCUUUUAUUAACCUCCCACUCGUUUUUGUUGAAAGACAACAAGCUAAACUAAGGCGUUAACACUGUACAUUAUUUGUCAGAUUGGCUUCAUUUUCAUACUUAUUUUGUAAAUAUUACAUGUUGUAUGGAGCUUGAAUUAAAAUGUAAAUAUGUCUCCUGUAUUUGUAAUACUUAUAAUCCAUUCGCUGUAUAGCCUAGAUGUGUAAUGCAGAUAUCUUAAUUCUGUGUAUGGUAAUCUUGCACCAUUGAUCUGUUUAGUGAAUGAGGUAACAAUAAAGUCCAUCCAGCGCAUUA